AUGUUAAAACAUAUUUACCUUAGAAUUGUAAAUGUUCAGAAAAAUUUAAAUAAAAAAAUAAAUGAAUACAAUGUGAAUAAUAAUAUAAAUGAAGAAAGUAUAAAAAUAAAUAAGAUUCCAAUGUUAAACGGAAAGAAAAACCUUUUAUUGAACAGGAAAGAAAAUAUAUACAAUAAAAAGUAUAAUAAUAUGAAUAAUAAGAAUAAUAUGAAUAAUGUGAAUAAUAUGAAUAAUAUGAAUAAUACGAAUAAUACGAAUAAUAUGUAUAAUAUGUAUAAUAUGUAUAAUAUAGAAAGGGAGCAUAUGACCGAACGAAGAGAAAAUAUUGUAAAGAAUAAUUAUACAAAUGAAAAUUUUAUUGUAAAAAAUUUUUUUGUAGAUAUAUCCCAAAAUAAAAUGACAAAAGAGGAAGGUCAAAAUGGAUAUGAUAUAAUGAAGAAAUUAAAUAAGUGUAAUAUAAAUGAUCGUUCUUAUAAUAUAAAUAAGAGUACACAUAAUAAUAAUAAUAAUAUACAUAUAUGUAAUAAUUCAUGUGAUAUAUCCAUACAGAAUAGAUACAACCAAACAGUUGAUCAUAUAAAUAGACAUAAAAUACCGAAUAAUCUACAUUUUAUUUUACAUUAUUCAAGUUAUCAAAUUAUUAAAAGUUUAAAUGCACCAUAUAAUUAUAUUAAUAAUAAAGAUUAUUUUAUGUCCCUUUCAUUAAUAUGUAACCAGCUAGCCAUUAACAAAUAUGAAAAUAAGAACUAUUGGUAUACUCUAAGUAUAAAAUUAACAUCCAUUUUAAAAGAAAAAAAUGUUCAUGAGAAUUUUCAUAUUAGAUGGUUAGCUCUGAUAUUAAAUUCAUAUGCUAAAAUAAAUUUUGUUAAUGUAAAAUUUUUAAAAGGUUGUUCAGAAUUUAUACGGAAUUAUUAUAUAAGGACAAAUGAAAAUAGGAAGGAUUAUAUAAUACAUAGUUUUGACAUAUCGCAAAUUGUUAAUUCAUAUACUAGAUUAAAUUAUAUGGAUGACAAAUUAUUUAGUUACUUGAAAAAAUAUAUAGAUCAACAAAUUGAUGAUAUGAGCUUUCAAUCUAUUAGUAAUAUAUGUAAUGCAUAUUCUAAAUUGUUAAAUAUAGAAAAUUAUGAAGAUUUAUUUUUUAAGUUACGUGUGAGGAUAAGGGAUAAUAUACAUGAAUUUAAACCUCAAGAAGUAGCAAAUAUAUUAAAUUCGUAUUCGAAGUUGUACAAUAUUAAUGGUAUUUUCAAAGAUGUUAUACAUAUGAACGAUAAUGUACAUAUGAACGAUAAUGUACAUAUGAACGAUGUUAUACAUAUGAACGAUAAUACAAGUUGUAAUUAUUUGAAGCGUAAAAAAAGGACGUUUCCCUUUUUUGAUAUAUUUAAUAAAGCCAUAUCAUAUAUCCUGUGCAACUAUUUUAAAUUCAUGCCUAUCGAAAUUACUAUGAUUAUUAACUCAUAUUCCAAAUGUAAUAUUUAUAAUAAUAAUUUAUUUUCUUAUUUAUAUAGUUAUAUUAAGAAAAAUAUAAAUAAUUUCCAACCUCCCGAAUUAUGCAUAUUAUGUAAUGCAUAUGCUAAUUUCAACAAACGAGAGAAUACAAUAUUUGAUAUGAUAAGGAAUGUAUUAAUGGAAAAAAAUAAUAUUAAUAAAUUAGAGGAUGGUAAUGUUGCUAUGUUAUUACAUGCAUAUGGUAAAUUAUUAAUAAAAGAUGAAGAGUUUAUUUUGUAUUUACUUAUAAAUAAAAAACAUGUUAUACAAUAUUUAGAUUCAAGAAAUUUAACUUUAUUUUAUGUAUCUUUAAUAAAAUUAAAUAUACAUAUACCUAUAUAUAUAUAUAAUAUAUUUAAAUAUUAUAUAAAAAAAAAAUUAAGCACUUUUACAGAUUUAGGUCUCACUUCUAUAUUAUAUUCAUCAUCUACUAUGUAUCCUCCAUAUUAUUUUGAUAUUCAUUUUAUUUCUCGUAUUCUAUUUUUAUUAAACAAAAGAAAAGCAAAUAGUAAAUCAUUUUGUCAUCAAAUUCAUGUCUCACUAUUCGUAAUACACUCAUUAUAUAAUUUCGACACAUUCUCUUUACCAUUCUUAUCUUGUAUUUAUCAACUAUUAAAUGUAGUCUAUGAUCAUAUUAACAAACAAAAUUAUUAUGACAUUCAUAAAUCCAAUAUACAAAAAAGAAUAUAUCCCUUUCUUCCAAAAUACAAUAUACAAAUUCAAUCAGAAGUUAAUAUAGGUCCCUUCAUUGUAGACUUUUUAUUAUUGAACAAAAAUCACCAUGCUCAAUAUAUGCAUACUCACAAAUCAUUCAAAUGA